GAAAGGCGCGCUUGAAGUGACGUCUAUUCAAAAGCGCGCGUCCCGCGUCAUGUAAAAGUGCGACAGGCGUAAAAGUGGCAAGAAAUGGCUCCGUCUCCAACCAAAAGGAAGGACCGCUCUGAGGACAAGCCCAAGGUGAGGGGCAAGGAUAAAGCAGGAGCGAAAGAGAACACCAACAAGGAGCGAGGUCGGGAGAAGGCCCGGAAACGGAGAAGCGCUUCUAGUGGCAGCAGUAGGUUGGUCUUCAAGCUUGCCACCCAGUCAGAGGGCGAGUCCUGCAUUUCCAUGGUGGUGGUUGAAGACUCCAGCUCCAGCAGCAGCUCUGGUUCCAGCUCUGGCUCCUCGAGCGGAUCUAGCUCCUCGUCUGCCUCCAGUCGUUCCGGAUCUUCCAGCUCCUCCAGCUCCUCCAGCUCCUCCGGCUCUCCCAGCCCCAGCCGGCGUCGGCAUGACAACCGACGACGCUCCCGCUCCAAGUCGAAGUCAAUCAAGAAGGAUGACAAAGAACGCCGCAGAAGGAGUCCAAGUCCCCGUCCCACUAAAGUUUACUUGGGCCGUCUAACUAGAAACGUCAUCAAAGAACAUAUCCAAGAGAUCUUCUCGACCUAUGGAAAGAUCAAGAUGAUCGACAUGCCAAUGGACAGACUGCACCCUCAUCUCUCCAAGGGCUACGCGUACGUGGAGUUUGAAACUGCCGACGAGGCCGAGAAGGCACUCAGGCAUAUGGAUGGAGGUCAAAUCGAUGGCCAAGAGAUUACCGCCACAGCCGUGCUGGCCCCCAGGGUGCGCCCUCCUCCACGCCGACUCACCCCCCCGCGCAGAAUGCCCCCACCUCCACCCAUGUGGCGACGAACCCCACCCCGCAUGAGGCGCAGGUUAACCCAGCGUCCGACCCGCCGGUGCUUGUUGUCACGGUCUCCACGGAGACGCUCCCCGCCACGCCGCAGGUCUCGUUCCCGAUCCCCAGGCCGCCGUCGGCACCGGUCUCGCUCCAGUUCCAACUCUUCGCGAUAGAUGAGCUGGAUGCCUCCUCAUCUUCUCCACACCAUGUACUGGCUGGAGUCUAUUUCAGAGGAAAAGUCCCCAUCUGUUUUUGGGUGCUUUGUUUUGUUCCAAAACACUGAGUGUUGUUUAUUCGUUAAUAUUUUUGCCUGGUUAUAUUUGCACCCUUCUUGCAAAUAUGUUUUGAAAGAGUUACUGUAGAUGUGCUUGCUUUGUGUAAUGUAAAUAUUUCAGUUUAUUUCCUGUUCUUUUUUUAAAUUAGCUGCAUAACGUAGACUGUGUUUAAAUGAGGCAUACUGUCCAGAAUACAUGAUAUUGGGUGUCAAUUUAUGUGUGACAAUAUUUUGUUAAAUCUUAAAAUAGGAUUAAAUGAAUAUACAAGACA